CACUAUAAUGGGAUAAGAGAAGGUGAGUAGGAAGGAGGAAGGAGGAGGGAACAAGAUAAAUGCAGUGAUGUCAGUCCGUCCCACUCCUAUUCAGUACAUAUGCAGCACAGCAGAGCUGAGCCUGCAUACCACUUCUGCUGACGACUGCUCUGAUCCCACACAAACACACACACUCAUCACACCACACUCACACAGGGGCUGGAACUCAGAGCGGUGCUGGGAGAUGCAACCGGCUGGCAGCCGCUGACAACCUUCAGUCCAUCCGGACACACUGUGUCUUUCCCUCCAGAGAAGCCAACACAGUCCUACACCACAGGAAGAGCACUUGACAAAGGACACUAAAGUGACCUCCAGCAGCUAAACCACCUGAUCCCCCAUCCUUCAAAGAAAAGGGAACCUGACUCUGGAAGAGGAAAAAGGAGCGAUCAUACCCCACCACUGAAACACGACCCACUGGAAGAAGGAGAGACAGAGGGGCUGACGGCCGUCUCCGACACCCGGGGAAAAGAGGCAGGAUGCUGGCUAAGAUCCUCGAGGACAUGUGGGUAGACCCCGAGGUGCUGGAGGCCCUCAGUGAGGACCAGAAGAGGACCCUCUUCCUGAAGAUGAGAGAGGAGCAGGUGCGCCGCUGGACAGAGCGGGAGGAGAGGGAGGAGAGGGAAGGAAGAGACAACAACAACAACAACAAGCCAAAGAAAGCUGAAAACAAGCAUGUGAAGUGGCUGCUGGGUCGGGACGGCGAUGUGAGCGUCCGCGUGAUCGGAGAGGUGGACGAGUUCAGGUCCUCCGAACUCCUCCAGAGCCUCAUGAACAACAGAGUCCACGGGGAUAAUUUGAACUGCGUCCAGUCGGUGGACUCGCUGCCAGGGAAAGAGGCCCAGCAGCUCGACUUGAAGCGAGACAUCCAGCUGUCCCUCGCAGAUGUUAUGAAUGACGCAGCUCCAGCACGCGAGCAGUGGGACGAGGAGGACUCCUGCAGCGCUGAUGGCGAGCCAAAGGACCCCGCCGAGGACAGCGACAGCGAAUCAGGCUCGUACGACCUCGGCGACUGGACUCCUCUCUACAGGCCCCAUUUUAGUAGCCAUGGCAACCAGGCACCGCUCAAAGACAAGCUCCCAGACACAGAGAGGGCCAGCGCACAGGACAGAGAAGAGACAAAGUCCGAGCAUGGGGGCCGCGUGGCGCAGCUCAGGAAGGCCUUCACAGAGGAUCCUCACAGCGCUCGUGUCCACAACAAACCUGCAAUACCUGCCAAACCUGCUCACCUACAGAAAAGAAGCACGCCGCUGGUCCAUUAAGACAUGUCCAGCCUGCUACUAGAGGACACUGGGACCCCGCACAGAGACACAGCCCCGCUGUGCUUAUUGGAUCGAGCCCUGGCUCAGGUAUAGACACUGAUGGACAUACACUGGAGGAAAUCCUUACUUGAACCCUGAGAUUGAACAGAACUGAGAUGUUAGGACUCGUUUCAUGGACCGAAAGUACAGACAGAGAAACGUCAGGGGAGGGGGGGGAAGGAGUGGACAGGUGGGGGGGUGCUUGGGGUCGGAGUGAGAGGAAAAACUUGAAAACUGUUCAAAUGGAGUCAACCUGAAUGGUAAAAACCAAGUGUUUUGCCGAGUUGCUCACAUGGUUUGUGUGAUUGACAUGGCGGACGCAGAGAGACGCGUCCAACUGAUUAUUGACCCUAAGGUGG